AAAGACUAGGUGCUGAUGGCUUUGGUUCCUAUAUUGUUGGUGCAUUUGCAGGUCCACAUGGAGGGCUACCAGGUGAGCAAUCAGUGUCAGUCUGUGGUGAAGGACAGGUGCCUCAUCCCCACCAAAGAUGCUCCAGAGCUAGCUUACAUACGGGAGUCUACGUCUGAACAAUAUGUUCCUGAUGUUUACUUUAAGGAGAAAGAUCAGUAUAAUAAUGAAGUUGUCCGCCUAGGAAGACCAUUACCAGUAGAAUACCUACUGCUUGACUGUCCAGUCUCAACACCAAAUGAACCUUUGUAUAGUUUUGCAGUUAAUGCCUCAAAUUUCCCAGUGGCAAACAGAUUAGUAGAAGGGCAUUUACAAGAUUUCAACACAUUAGCUUCAUAUCUACAAAAGUUCAGUGAUGACCAGUUUUUGGAAGCAGUGUCUGACUUCCAUGUACUAAUAUUUAUUGCAACAAUGGACAUGUUACCGCUCAGAGAAUAUAUAGGCCCAUUACUGGAAGCAGUAAAAAAACGUGAUCGAGUACAAGCACUGGAAUGGAAGCAGUCUGAACAUUGGGCAACUGUGGAACAGUUGGUGAUGGCAUCAGGUGGUGGAGCGUCGGUGCUAGGGGCUGGUGGAGAAGCUGCAGCUGCAGGUUCUAGUGCUCAGUCAUCAUCUUCCUCUACCUCUUGGACUUGCCAACACUGCACAUUUAUCAAUCAAACAGCUAGUGAAAACUGUGAGAUGUGCCACCUACCACGGUGAAUUGAUAUCCAGUAACAUAGUUGCAUCUAAAUUGAUACUGAUAUUCAGUGUCAUUGUUUAGCUGAAAACAAAUUUCUGAUUGAUUUCUUUAUGGUGAAAGAAGCUCACAUUAAUAUCAGCUUUGAUACAAGCUGAACAUUGCCAGCUGGAAUUGUUACUUACAUUUUCAUGAAAAUUGCUUGGAUGUUGCCAAGCAUUGUAAUAGUCCUCAGUGGAGGAUACUUAAAUUUUUACAAACACUUGGUUGUAAAUUGUUUCAGCCCUCUUCAGUGUAAAAUGUUCAGCUCAGUUUAAUGUUCUCACACAAGAAUGAGGUAGGACUUACAUUUUUAAAAGCUUGAGACAUAAAUAUGAAAGACAAAAUGAUUAAGAGGGGGGGGGGUGGAAACAAGCAGAGAUGCAUGCAAAUGUAAUUCAUGGAUGACUAAGGUAUACACAAAGCAUCUGUCCCUACUUUCAAUAUUAAUAGUGAUUUUUAUCCUUUUUAUACUUUUUUCUUGAAGUGUAAUGUUAAAGAGAAGUUUGUGAGUUUCAGUAUUGUGUAACUAAUGAAUGAAAUAAAGAUGAAUGUAUAGCAUUUCUGUAUUGUGUUAACUAGUAUAAGAGAGCUGUACAGACAGUUUCUUGAACUCUUAAAAUCUGCUGAACUGGCAUUUGGGUGUUCAGUACCCUUGGUUAUAUUAGUGAUGAGUGUAAGUUAUUUCUAUCGUAAUUAAGGGUUAUUUUGCAAUUUGAAAUUAGAGGUGAAUAUUUUUUAUUAUAUCUUAUUAUAUCUUAUUAUUUUCAAAGUGGUACACAUAUGGACAUUAACAUUUGAAAGCCUGGAUACCAUUCUCUAUUACCAUUAUUUUCAGGUACAUUAUGUAAUAUUUAUAACAAACAAAAAAAUAUCCCUCAGUGCUAAGGCUUUAUAGUAGAGCAGUGCAAAGUAAUAUGAAGAUCAGAUUGUGGUGUUAGAAUGUUUUAUUAGUUCUUUUUUAACUUGUUCGUAUUUUCAUGGAAUGAAGUAGUUGAAUCUUGUUUGAUUUUUUUUUUUUCAUCUCUUUUUGUUUGUUUUGUAUUGUUUUUUAAUUCCUUUUCUGUGUGUCAUUUUAUACUUUUGGAACAUUUACAUAUAACCAGGUUAUGAGUAUUGUAGAGAUUAACACAUUCAUCAAAAUAGAUACUUUAUUGUGUGUUUUACAGAUUUAGAAUUUUAUUUGUUCCUGGUGUUUUUUAGAUGUUCCAGUUACUAGCAUUUUUCGUUUUGCUCAUUCACGUCAUUGAGUCUUCGGGUAAUUCAGCCACAGAUCAUUUGCUAGGCCAUCCACAAUUUUGUACCCAAAAGUAUUUGAUUGGAUAAAAGGGAACUUUUUUUUGCAAUUAUUGGAAAGGUUUAGGAUUUUGAAAAGUAUCUGUAAAAUUUUUGGUAGUUGAGGUAUUAAAAGAUCAGGAUAAAUAUCUUUAUUUUACCUCAUUGCAAAAAACAUAUGAGGAUGCCCAUACUGUGUUGGCACCUAUUUUGAAAAAAAAAAUAAAUAAAAUAAAUAAAUAAAUGAAUAAAAAUACCAGCUGAAAAACAGUGGAGUGACACUCUUUAUGUGAGCCUUUGCUGAUGCUACUUUUUGCACCUGCUGUUGCUAGCUUGUACAGAACCCAUUGUGGUUAGGUAGCUUAUUAAUAAAAUUAUUUCAAGAUUAA